AUGGCAGAAGGUGCAGAUGGAGAAGAAGAGAUUCAGUUCCUGCGUACAGAUGAUCAGGUGGUGCUUCAGUGCACUGCGUCUAUUCUGAAGGAACAGAUCAAGCUGUGCCUGUCUUGUGAAGGCUUCAGUAAUCGUCUGUGUUUCCUGGAGACCACCUCAAACGCUCAGAAUGUGCCUCCAGACCUUGCUAUCUGCUGCUUCAUAUUGGAGCAGUCCCUGUCUGUGCGAGCGUUGCAGGAGAUGCUGUCCAACUCUUCAGUGGAUGAGUCUUCACAAGGUGGGGGUCACCGCACCCUCCUGUACGGACAUGCCAUCCUCCUGAAGCACACUCACUCCAGCAUGUACCUGUGCUGUUUGACUACUUCCCGCUCACUGACAGACAAGUUGGCUUUUGAUGUUGGCCUGCAGGAAGACUCCACAGGGGAGGCCUGCUGGUGGACUAUCCAUCCAGCCUCCAAGCAGAGGUCUGAAGGAGAGAAGGUCAGGGUGGGAGAUGACCUCAUUCUUGUCAGUGUUUCCUCAGAGCGAUACCUGCAUCUGUCCUACGCCAGUGGUGACUUGAUGGUAGAUGCCUCUUUCAUGCAAACGCUGUGGACCAUGACUCCUGUGAUGUCUGGAUGUGAGCUAGCUGAAGGUUUUCUGACUGGAGGGUAUGUGCUCAGGCUGUUCCAUGGGCACAUGGACGAGUGUUUGGCAAUCCCAGGGGCUGACCAAGGGGACGACCAACGCAGAGCUGCUUAUUAUGAAGGAGGGGCUGUAUGCAGCCAUGCUCGUUCCUUAUGGAGACUUGAGCCACUUCGUAUCGCUUGGAGCGGAGGUCACAUUAAAUGGGGCCAGUUUUUCCGGAUACGUCACAUAACAACAGGAAGAUAUCUUUGUCUGGAUGAAGAGAAAGGACUGCUGUUGGUGGACCCGGAAAAAGCUAAUUCUAAGUUGUCAGCCUUCUGCUUCAGAAUUUCAAAGGAAAAAAUCGAAGCGAUCAAGAAGCGAGAUGUGGAAGGCAUGGGCACGCCUGAGAUAAAGUAUGGAGAGUCCAUGUGCUUCGUGCAGCAUGCCUCAACUGGCCUCUGGCUCACAUAUGCUGCUGUCGAUGCCAAAUCUGCCCGUCUGGGUCCUCUAAAGAGAAAGGCCAUACUCCAUAAAGAAGGUCACAUGGAUGAUGCUCUCACAGUGGCUCGAUCUCAGAUAGAAGAGUACCAAGCUGCCAGAAUGAUUUUCAGCACUACAGGCCUCUUCAACCAGUUCAUCAAAGGUCUAGAUGCUCUGAGUGGGAAAAACAAGUCUUCCAGCUCCGGAUCUCUGCCUAUGGACACGGUGGUGCUCUCCCUGCAGGACCUCAUUUUCUACUUCCGCCCCCCCGAGGAGGAGCUGGAGCAUGAGGACAAACAGUUCAAGCUGCGUUCCCUCAAGAACAGACAGAACCUCUUCCAGGAGGAGGGAAUGAUCACUCUGGUCCUGGAGUGUGUUGAUCGGCUCAACGUCUACAACACCGCAGCCCACUUCUCAGAGUACGCUGGGGAAGAAGCCGCAGAGUCGUGGAAGGAGAUUGUGAAUUUACUUUAUGAAUUACUAGCUUCUUUGAUCCGAGGAAAUCGUGCCAACUGUGCCCUGUUCUGUGAUAACCUCGACUGGCUGGUCAGUAAACUGGAUCGUUUGGAGGCAUCUUCAGGAAUCCUGGAGGUGUUGUAUUGCGUUCUGAUUGAGAGUCCAGAGGUGCUGAAUAUUAUCCAGGAAAAUCACAUCAAAUCAAUCAUCUCUCUGCUGGAUAAGCAUGGACGCAAUCACAAGGUCUUGGAUGUGCUCUGCUCUCUGUGUGUGUGUAACGGGGUCGCUGUGAGGUCGAAUCAGAACCUCAUCACAGAGAAUCUGCUUCCUGGUCGUGACUUCCUGCUACAAACCAACAUUAUCAACUAUGUGACGAGCAUGAGACCCAACAUUUUCCUUGGGACUUGUGAAGGAUCCACUCAGUACAAGAAGUGGUAUUUUGAGGUGAUGGUGGACCAUGUGGAGCCGUUCCUUACAGCUCAGCCAUACCACCUGCGGGUGGGCUGGGCUCUAACAGAGGGCUACAGUCCUUACCCUGGUGGGGGCGAAGGCUGGGGGGGCAACGGUGUCGGAGAUGACCUGUACUCCUACGGUUUCGACGGGCUAAACCUCUGGUCAGGACGUGUUCCGCGUCACGUUGCCACGCCCAAUGAGCACCUCCUGGCCGCAGAAGACGUGGUCAGCUGCUGUUUGGAUCUGAGCGUGCCCAGUAUCUCCUUCCGCAUCAAUGGGUAUCCUGUACAGGGCAUGUUUGAGAACUUCAACCUGGACGGCCUGUUCUUCCCCGUUGUGAGCUUCUCUGCAGGCGUUAAGUUGCGAUUUCUUCUCGGAGGGCGUCAUGGGGAUUUCAAGUUCCUCCCACCUCCAGGCUACGCUCCGUGCUAUGAAGCAGUCCUGCCGAGGGACCGUCUGCGCAUUGAGCCCAUCAAGGAGUACAAGCACGAUUUUGAUGGCGUCCGUAACCUGUUGGGUCCGACUCAGUCUCUCUCACAUACAGCCUUUACUCCUGGCCCUGUGGACACUAUACAGAUUGUACUUCCUCCCCAUUUGGAGCGCAUUCGAGAGAAGCUUGCAGAAAACAGCCACGAGUUAUGGGCUGUUACUCGCAUUGAACAGGGGUGGACCUAUGGGCCAUUUCGCGAUGACAACAAGAAGCUGCACCCCUGCCUGGUAGAUUUCCAGAGUCUGCCUGAACCAGAGAAGAACUACAAUUUAGCAAUGUCAGGAGAGACACUCAAGACUCUGCUGGCACUGGGCUGUCAUGUAGGAAUGGGAGAUGAGAAAGCCGAAGAGAAUCUGAAAAGGAACAAGCUCCCCAAAACUUACAUGCAGAGCAGUGGAUACAAGCCAGCGCCUCUGGACCUCACCUAUGUCAAGCUAACGCCUAAUCAGAACACUCUGGUGGAGAGACUGGCAGAAAAUGGACACAAUGUGUGGGCAAGAGACCGGGUUCGCCAGGGUUGGACAUACAGUAUCGUUCAGGAUAUAAUGAACAAGCGUAAUCCCCGCCUGGUUCCUUACAACCUAUUGGAUGAAAAGACUAAAAAGACCAACAGAGACACAGUUUCUGCAGCUGUUCGCACUCUCAUCGGAUAUGGCUACAACAUAGAGCCACCUGAUCAGGAGAGCAGCGGGCAUGGACCAGAGUCUGGCGAUAAGGUCAGAGUGUUCAGAGCAGAGAAGUCUUAUGCUGUCACUCAGGGGAAGUGGUACUUUGAGUUUGAGGCGGUGACAGUCGGGGAGAUGCGAGUGGGCUGGGCCAGGCCUAAUGUUCGCGCAGACACUGAACUCGGUGCAGAUGAGUUUGCGUAUGUCUUCAAUGGCUUCAAGGCCCAACGUUGGCAUGUGGGAAACGAGCCAUUUGGUCGUCAGUGGCUAUCUGGUGAUGUGGUGGGCUGUAUGAUCGACCUCACAGAGAUGAACAUCAUGUUCACACUCAACGGAGAAAUGUUGAUCAGUGACUCAGGCUCCGAGAUGGCCUUUAAGGAUAUAGAGAUAGGAGAGGGCUUCAUACCUGUGUGCAGUCUGGGCCUGUCCCAGGUCGGCCGGAUCAACUUGGGUCAGAACGUCAGCAGUCUUCGUUUUUUUACGAUCUGUGGGCUGCAGGAGGGAUUCGAACCCUUUGCUAUCAACAUGAAAAGAGACAUUACUAUGUGGUUCAGCAAAAGCCUUCCCCAGUACAUCAAUGCACCUACUGAUCACCCUCACAUAGAGGUGUCGCGUGUUGAUGGGACUGUGGAAUCUGCCCCUUGUAUCAAAGUGACCCACAAGACACACGGGUCUCAGAACGCAAACACAGAUCUGCUUUUCUUCAGACUCAGCAUGCCAGUUGAUUUUCAUGAGACUUUUAAAGUCCCAGCGGGAACCACACUUCUUACACGUGCACUUACCAUACCUGAGGACGAUGUGUUAGAGGUGGACCCAGACUCUGACUUUGAAAUACUCAAGAAGUCAGCUUCUCGCAAAGAGCAGGAAGAGGAGAAGAAAGAAUCGUCCGUGCCGAAAGAGACCCCUGCCAUCAAAAAUGGAGAAAAUGAGAAGGAUUCCUCAACGGAGAAAAGCAAGAAGAAAGGAUUCCUAUUCAAGGCCAAGAAGGCUGCAUUGAUCAAUCCUCCACCUAUUGUUCCUGCAAUGCCUCGCUUAAUGGAAGAUGUGGUGCCAGAUGACAGGGAUGACGUCGACAUCAUCCUCAACACCACUACAUACUAUUAUUCUGUGCGAGUGUUUGCGGGGCAGGAGCCCAGUGGAGUGUGGGUGGGCUGGAUCACGCCAGACUAUCACCAGUACGACCAACAUUUUGACAUCAGCCAUGUGAGAAAUGUGACGGUCACUGUGGGCGACGAUAAAGGAAACAUUCAUGACAGUAUAAAACGCAGUAACUGCUACAUGGUGUGGGGAGGGGAGUUCAGCAGCUCCCAGCAAACCCGAGUCAGUCAAGAGGAUUUUAUGAUUGGCUGUCUGGUUGAUUUGGACACAGGACUCAUGACUUUCACUGCCAAUGGAAAAGAGAUCAACACUUUUUACCAGGUGGAGCCACACACAAAACUGUUCCCGGCUGUCUUUGUUCUUCCUUCCUGUCAGAAUAUGAUUCAGUUCGAACUAGGCAAGCUCAAGAACAUCAUGCCGAUCUCAGCCGCCAUGUUCCGUAGUGAACGCAAGAACCCCGUCCCCCAGUGCCCUCCUCGACUGGACGUCCAGAUGUUGACCCCCGUCAUCUGGAGCCGCAUGCCCAACAACUUCCUGGCUCCAGAGACAGGGCGUCUUAGUGAGAGACUGGGCUGGGUGGUGCAGUGUCAGGAGCCCCUCACCAUGAUGGCCCUACACAUCCCAGAGGAGAACAGGUGUAUCGAUAUCCUGGAGCUUUCUGAACGUAUGGACCUGCUGAAGUUCCACUAUCACACUCUGAAGCUGUACGGCUUGGUGUGUGCUUUGGGAAACAACCGUGUGGCUCACGCUCUGUGCAGCCACGUGGACGAGUCCCAGCUCUUCUACGCCAUCGAGAACACCUACCUGCCCGGACCGAUGAGGAGCGGCUUCUACGACCUGCUCAUCAGCAUGCACCUGGAGUCUGCCAAGAGGAACCGGCUGGGAACCAACAAGGAGUUCAUCGUUCCCAUGACAGACCAAACACGCAGUAUCACACUGUACUCGGACAAAUCUGACGCUUUACCUGGGGUCGGACUCACGACAUGUCUGCGCCCAAAACUGCAUUUUUCUUCUGUCGGGUUUGUUGGAACGGAUCAAAACAUCUACACACUGAGCCCAAGCAUCCCCUUACAGAUGCUAAAGACCAAAGCCUUACAAAUGCUGACUGAGGCCGUGCAAGAUGGAGGUCAAGCCAUGAGAGACCCUGUGGGCGGUAGUGUUGAGUUUCAUUUUGUUCCAAUCCUGAAGCUCAUCAGUACCCUCCUCAUCAUGGGUGUGUUUGACGAUGGAGAUGUCACACACAUCCUGAAGAUGCUUGAGCCCGUAGUGUUCAGCGGUAAGAAAGCAGAGGAGCCUGCUGAGGAGAUUGACAAAUCGAAGGAAGAAAAGGAACAAAAAGCAGCCCCAGAAGUAGGAGCGGUAAAGAAAGAGGAGCAUGAAGCCAUGGGUGAAGAGGAAGAAGAAGAAGAAGAGGAAUAUGAAGAUGAUGGCUUGGGUGAAGAGGAGGAAGAAAUGGAGGAAGAAUUAGAGAAAGCUGUCGUGCCACACGGAGAAAUGCAAGUGGAGACUGCGCCAGUAAAUGGUGAGAAAGGCGCUGAGGAAACAGAGAAAGAAAUCAAAGAGGAGAACAAAGAAGAACAGCUGGAGCAGGGACUCUUUCAGAUGAAGCUACCAGAGUCUGUCAAGUUGCAGAUGUGUACUCUGCUGCAGUAUUUCUGUGACUGCGAGCUACGUCACAGAGUGGAGGCCAUCACUGCGUUUUCAGACCAGUUUGUCAGCCAGAUACAGUCCAACCAGAGGCACCGCUACAACGAGCUGAUGCUGGCCUUCACCAUGAGCGCAGCCGAGACCGCCCGCAAGACCCGGGAGUUCCGCUCCCCGCCACAGGAGCAGGUCAAUAUGCUCAUGAACUUUAAGAACUGUUCUGAGGACGAUCAGUGCCCCGUUCCUGAUGAAGUCCGCGAUGCUCUGCUGAUUUUCCACAAUUUCCUGCUGGCUCACUGUGGUGUUCAUAUUGAAGAACAAGAAGAGGAGGAAGAGGUGGAUAAUUCCGUCCGUGGCCGACUGGUCCGUUUGUUGGCAAAGGUGAAAAAAGUCCGUGAGAAGAAAGUGGAGGUGGAGCCUGAGCCGCAGGAAGAUAAAAAACCAAGCACAUUGCAGGAGCUGAUUUCUCAUACAAUGAUCCAUUGGGCCCAGGAGGCUUUCAUCCAGAACCCAGAGCUCGUGCGCAUGAUGUUUAGCCUUCUCCACAGACAGUAUGAUGGGCUGGGUGAGCUCAUGCGUGCCCUUCCCAAAGCCUACACCAUCAACGGCGUGUCAAUUCACGACACCAUGGACCUGCUAGAGUGCUUGGGCCAGAUCCGCUCACUGCUUAUUGUCCAGAUGGGUCCCGAAGAGGAGAGGCUAAUGAUUCAAAGCAUCGGAAACAUCAUGAGUAACAAAGUUUUCUAUCAACACCCCAACUUGAUGCGAGCUCUGGGCAUGCAUGAGACUGUCAUGGAGGUCAUGGUUAAUGUCCUUGGCGGCGGGGACUCCAAGGAGAUCAGAUUCCCUCGAGUGGUGACGAACUGCUGCCGCUUUCUCUGCUACUUCUGUCGCAUCAGUCGUCAAAAUCAGCGCUCUAUGUUCGACCACCUCAGCUACCUUCUACAGAACAGUGGCAUCGGCCUUGGAAUGCGAGGCUCCACCCCCUUGGACGUGGCUGCAGCCUCUUGUAUCGACAACAACGAGCUAGCAUUGGCUCUCCAAGAGCAAGACCUAGAAAUGGUGGUGAAAUAUUUAGCAGGAUGUGGACUUCAGAGCUGUCCAAUGCUGCUGUCUAAAGGCUACCCUGACAUUGGCUGGAACCCUUGUGGUGGAGAGAAAUACCUCGACUUUCUUCGUUUUGCUGUUUUUGUCAACGGAGAGAGCGUAGAAGAGAAUGCCAACGUGGUGGUACGUCUCCUCAUUCGCAGGCCUGAGUGCUUCGGUCCAGCUCUGAGAGGCGAGGGUGGUAAUGGUCUGCUGGCUGCGAUUGAGGAAGCCAUCAAAAUAUCUGAGGACCCUGCAAGGGAUGGCCCUAGUGUUAAGAAGGAUAGACGCUUUCCCAUGUUUGGAGGAGAGGAGCAGCAGGAGGAGAACAAGGUGCACCUAGGAAAUGCCAUCAUGUCCUUCUACUCUGCCCUUAUUGAUCUGCUGGGACGCUGUGCUCCAGAGAUGCAUUUGAUCCAGGCUGGUAAGGGUGAGGCUCUGAGGAUCAGGGCCAUUCUGAGGUCUCUGGUCCCUAUUGAGGAUCUGGUGGGAGUCAUCAGCCUUUCUGUUCAGAUUCCUUCGUUUGGAAAAGACAACAGCAUCAUUGAACCAAAGAUGUCAGCCAGCUUCGUGCCGGAUCACAAGGCUCCCAUGGUUCUGUUCCUGGACAGAGUGUACGGUAUUGACAACCAGGAUUUCCUGCUCCAUGUGCUGGAGGUGGGCUUUCUGCCUGACAUGAGGGCUGCUGCCUCUCUGGACACGGCUGCUUUCUGCACCACAGAGAUGGCCCUGGCUUUGAACCGCUACCUGUGUUCUGCUGUGUUGCCACUCAUCACUAAGUGUGCACCGCUCUUCGCUGGCAGUGACCACAGAGCCAUAAUGAUCGACUCCAUGUUGCACACGAUCUACCGGCUGUCUCGUGGUCGAGCCUUCACAAAGGCGCAAAGAGACAUCAUUGAAGAGUGCCUCAUGGCUCUGUGCAAACAUCUACGUCCAUCCAUGCUUCAGCACCUGCUGAGACGGCUGGUGUUUGAUGUGCCCAUUCUCAAUGAGUACGCCAAAAUGCCACUGAAGCUUUUGACCAACCACUAUGAGCGUUGUUGGAAGUAUUAUUGCCUCCCUAAUGGUUGGGCCAACUUUGGACUGGCAUCAGAAGAGGAGCUGCAUCUGACCCGCAAACUGUUCUGGGGCAUCUUUGAAUCGCUAGCACACAAGAAAUUUGAUGCUGAGAUUUUCAAGAUUUCAAUGCCGUGCAUUUGCGCCAUUGCUGGAGCCAUUCCUCCAGACUAUGUGGACGCCAGCUACUCCUCCAAAACGGAGAAAAAGGCAUCAGUCGAUGCAGAGGGGAACUUUGAUCCUAAACCAGUAGAGACCACAAACACCAUCAUCCCUGAAAGGCUGGAUCCCUUUAUCAACAAAUAUGCUGAAUAUACACAUGAUAGAUGGGCCUUUGAGAAGAUCCAGAAUAACUGGUCAUACGGUGAGGUGCUGGAGGAAAAUGCAAAAACUCAUCCCAUGCUCAGACCCUACAAAACCUUCUCAGAAAAGGACAAAGAGAUCUACCGUUGGCCAAUCAAAGAGUCGGUCAAAGCCAUGCUUGCGUGGGAGUGGAACCUAGAUAAAGCCAGAGAGGACGAAGAGUCUGAUAAGAAGAAGACGACAGUAUCUCGAAAAAUCUCCCAGACAGCUCAGGCAACCUAUGACCCAAGCCAGGGCUACAGUCCACAGCCCAUUGAGGUCACACACAUGGCUCUUUCAAGAGACCUACAGUCUAUGGCAGAGCAACUGGCAGAAAACUACCACAACACCUGGGGGCGUAAGAAAAAGUUGGAAAUACAGUCCAAAGGCGGUGGGACACAUCCUCUGCUGGUGCCCUAUGACACUCUCACGGCCAAAGAAAAGGCACGAGACAGAGAGAAGGCGUAUGAAAUGCUCAAGUUCCUGCAGCUCAAUGGUUAUGCUUGCACAAGGGGCCUGAAAGAUAUGGAGUCUGACAUCUCAUCCAUCGAGAAGAGAUUCGCUUACGGUUUCCUUCAGAAGCUGCUGAAAUGGAUGGAAAUUGCCCAGGAGUUCAUCGCCCAUCUUGAGGCUGUGGUAAGCAGUGGACGAGUGGAAAAGUCUCCUCAUGAGCAGGAAAUCAAAUUCUUUGCCAAGAUCUUGAUGCCUCUAAUCAACCAAUAUUUCAAAAACCACUGCCUCUACUUCUUGUCGACACCUGCUAAAGUUCUGGGUAGUGGUGGACAUUCUUCCAACAAGGAGAAGGAGAUGAUUGCGAGUAUCUUCUGUAAAAUGUCCGCUCUGGUGAGGCACAGAGUUUCUCUCUUUGGAACGGACGCUUCGGCUAUUGUUAACUGUCUUCACAUUCUGGCUCGGUCAUUGGAUGCAAGGACAGUAAUGAAGUCAGGGCCGGAGAUUGUGAAAGCGGGGCUGCGGUCAUUCUUUGAGAGUGCUGCAGAUGACAUAGAGAAGAUGGUAGAGAAUCUCAAACUGGGCAAAGUAUCCAAAGGCAAUCAGCAAGUGAAAGGUGUGUCCCAGAACAUCAACUACACAACCAUCGCCCUGCUGCCGGUGCUCACCUCCCUGUUCGAUCACGUCGCUCAGCACCAGUUUGGAGAUGAUGUCAUGCUGGAUGAUCUUCAGAUGUCAUGCUAUCGAAUCAUGUGUAGCAUCUACUCUCUUGGGACUGUCAAGAAUCCACAUGUUGAGAGGCAGAGGCCAGCUCUAGGGGAGUGUUUGGCUCACCUUGCAGCAGCGAUGCCAGUGGCCUACCUAGAGCCCAAUCUAAAUGAAUUCAAUGCUUUCUCUGUUUACACCACAAAGACACCGAGGGAGAGAGCCAUCUUGGGCCUUCCUAAUGAGGUCCAUGAGCUAUGUCCAGACAUUCCUGAGCUGGACGCUCUACUCAAGGAGAUCGGGGACCUGGCAGAGUCAGGGGCCCGGUACACAGAGAUGCCUCAUGUGAUUGAAAUCACUCUGCCCAUGCUGUGUAACUACCUGCCUCGCUGGUGGGAGAGAGGACUGGAGAACUUCCCUGAUAUGGAGUGCCAGAUCUGCACAGAUGUCACAUCCGAACAUCUCAAUCAGCUGCUUGGCAGCAUCAUGAAAAUUGUAGUCAACAACUUGGGUAUUGAUGAAGCCUCUUGGAUGAAGAGGUUGGCUGUGUUUUCACAGCCCAUUGUCAGCAGAGCAAAGCCAGAAAUGCUCAAGUCCCACUUCAUCCCUACAAUGGAGAAGCUGAAAAAACGCACUUCAAAGGUGGUGGCUGAGGAAGACCAUUUGCGGAUGGAGGGGAAAUCAGAGGGAGAUGAGGAAGACGGCACUAUACGUGAUGAGUUUGCUGUCCUCUGCAGAGACUUGUAUGCGCUCUACCCUCUGCUUAUUCGCUACGUGGACAACAACAGGGCAAGAUGGCUGACAUGCCCAGACCCAGAUGCAGAGGAGCUCUUCCGAAUGGUUGGAGAGGUCUUUAUUUUCUGGUCCAAAUCUCAUAACUUCAAACGAGAGGAACAGAACUUCGUGGUGAUGAAUGAGAUCAAUAACAUGUCAUUCCUCACCGCUGACAGCAAGAGCAAAAUGAGCAUGGGCGGGGACUCAGAGGGUGGAGGCUCAGAUACGGAGCGUACCAAGAAGAAGAGACGUGGAGACCGUUACUCAGUGCAGACUUCACUUAUUGUGGCUGCCUUGAAAAAGAUGCUCCCCAUAGGCCUCAACAUGUGCUCUCCCGCCGAUCAGGAGCUUAUCAACUUGGCCAAGAUCCGAUACUCCUUGAGAGACACUGAUGAAGAAGUUAGAGAGUUCCUGCAGAACAACCUUCAUCUUCAGGGCAAGGUGGACAACCCGUCGAUGCGCUGGCAGAUGGCUCUCUACAAGGUGAUGGCAGGGAAGGCUGAAGAUGCUGACGCUCCGAUGAAAGUUGUCAAAAGAGUGCAGGAGGUUUCUGCUGUCCUCUAUCACCUUGAAGUGACGGAGCACCCGUUUAAAUCCAAGAAGAUGGUGUGGCACAAACUGUUGUCUAAGCAGAGGCGCAGGGCGGUGGUCGCUUGCUUUAGGAUGACACCUCUAUACAACAUUCCCAGGCACAGAGCUUCAAACAUGUUCCUGGAGGGAUACAAACGCAACUGGCUUCACUCGGAGGGUUACUCGUUUGAAGACAGGAUGAUAGAUGACUUAUCUAAAGCGAUGGAGCAAGAAGAAGGAGAUGAAGAGGAAGAAAGAGAAACGAAGCCAGAUCCCCUCCACCAGCUUAUUCUGCAUUUCAGUCGUACUGCUCUUACAGAAAAGAGUAAACUUGAUACAGAUCAUCUGUAUAUGGCAUAUGCAGAUAUUAUGGCGAAGAGUUGCCAUAUUGGUGAGGAAGAAGAAGGAGGAGAGGAAGUGGUGGAAAAUGCGGAGGAUGAGCUGCCAUUUGAGGUGCGACAAACAGAACUGGAAAAGGAAAUGGAGAAACAAAGGCUUCUGUACCAGCAGUCACGACUUCACAAUCGUGGCGCUGCAGAAAUGGUUCUGCAAAUGAUCAGUGCUUGCAAAGGUGAGACCGGCCCUAUGGUGACUACCACCCUUAAGUUAGGCAACUCCAUCCUUAAUGGUGGAAACUGUGAGGUUCAACGGAAAAUGCUGGAGUACUUGAGGGACAAGAAGGAUGUUGGAUUCUUUUUGAGUAUCCAGGCAUUGAUGCAGACAUGCAGCGUCCUGGAUCUCAACGCCUUUGAGAGGCAGAACAAAGCAGAGGGGCUGGGCAUGGUCUCAGAGGAGGGCUCUAAUGAGAAAGUGAUGUCGGACGAUGAGUUCACCUGCGACCUUUUCCGGUUCCUGCAGUUGCUUUGUGAGGGCCACAACAACGAUUUCCAGAACUACCUGCGAACACAGACAGGAAGCACAACCACCAUCAACAUCAUCAUCUGUACCGUAGAUUACCUCCUCCGACUCCAGGAGUCUAUCAGUGAUUUCUACUGGUAUUACUCUGGCAAGGACAUCAUUGAUGAGCCCGGCAAAAAGAAUUUCUCCAAAGCUAUUAUGGUGGCGAAACAGAUUUUCAACAGCCUGACUGAAUAUAUUCAGGGCCCGUGCACCGGCAACCAGCAGUCGCUCGCCCACAGCAGGCUGUGGGACGCUAUUGUCGGGUUCCUUCAUGUCUUUGCCCACAUGAUGAUGAAGCUGGCACAGGGUAAAGACUCAAGCCAGAUUGGUCUGCUGAAGGAGCUUCUUGACCUCCAGAAAGACAUGGUGGUUAUGUUGCUUUCACUGUUGGAGGGAAACGUGGUGAAUGGUACAAUUGCCCGCCAGAUGGUAGACAUGUUGGUAGAGUCCUCAAGCAACGUGGAGAUGAUCCUGAAGUUCUUUGACAUGUUCCUCAAACUGAAAGACAUAGUGGCUUCGGAUGCUUUCAAGGAUUAUGUCACAGACCCUCGAGGGCUGAUUUCCAAGAAGGACUUCCACAAGGCCAUGGACAGUCAGAAACAGUACUCUUCUUCUGAGAUCCAGUUUCUUUUGUCCUGCUCCGAAGCAGAUGAAAAUGACAUGAUCCACUAUGAGGAGUUUGCUAAUCGCUUUCAGGAGCCUGCCAAGGACAUCGGAUUCAACAUCGCGGUGCUCCUCACAAACCUGUCUGAGCACGUCCCCCAUGACGUCAGGCUGCAGAACUUCCUAGAACAAGCGGAAAGUGUGCUGAACUACUUCCGCCCCUUCUUGGGCCGCAUUGAAAUAAUGGGCGCCAGCAGAAAGAUUGAGCGCAUAUACUUUGAAAUUACUGAAGUCAACCGCAAACAGUGGGAGAUGCCCCAGGUCCGAGAGUCCAAGCAACAGUUCAUCUUUAACGUCGUCAAUGAGGGCGGCGAAUCAGAGAAGAUGGAAAUGUUUGUCAACUUCUGCGAGGACACCAUCUUUGAGAUGAAUAUAGCUUCACAGAUUUCAGAGCAGGAAGAGGAGGGAAAGGGGGAAGAAGAUGACGAAAUGGAUGAAGUCCCAGUUGAGGGAGGACCAGGAGGGGGAGAAAAUGGAGGCGGGGAUGAGGAGAGUAACGGCGAUGAAGGGCAGCCUGAGUCGAGCUCUGCCUUUGCAGAUUUUAUAAACAGCAUGCUAAGCUUCUUCAGCAUCUUCACCUUCCGUAACCUUCGCAGACAAUAUCGCAGAGUGAGAAAGAUGUCCUUCAAGGAGAUUGUGGUUGCUCUGUCCACCUUUUUCUGGACCAUCCUCAUGAGUAUACUACACUUCAUUUACAGUGUGUGCAAAGGCUUCUUUAUGAUCAUCUGGCAAACACUGUUUGGAGGUGGCUUAGUCGAGGGAGCUAAAAAUAUCACUGUGACGGAGAUUCUGGCGAGCAUGCCAGAUCCCACGCAGGACGAUGUGCAUGGAGACGGACCAGGGGAGCUGAGGACAGGGGAGGAACAAGACACUGGGGGGGUUACGGACACUGGGGACGCGGGGAGUGGAGAGGAGGAAGAGGAGGAUACCCAGGACAAAGAGGGUGGGAGGAUACCAGGUAUGGAUGCUCCAGGUGGACUUGGAGACAUGGGGGUAGAAUCACCUGUUGAACCUCCAACCCCUGAAGGAACUCCCAUAACAAAGAGAAAAGUGGCACCACAAGAGGCUGAAGCCAGCCAGAAACCCCCUGAACCGGUUCCUGUAGCAGAACCCGAAAAGGCUGAUGCUGAAGCAGCAGAGAAAGCAGAGAGAGAAUCCCAUAGUAAGGAGGAAGCACGGCCAGAAGCACCAAAGAAAUCUGCCAAGAAAAAAGAAAAGAGGCCGAAGAGGGAAGGAGGCUUUCAAAUCUGGACUGAGCUUGAAAACCAAAGAAUUAAAUUUAUGAACUACCUCUCCAGAAACUUCUACAACCUGCGGUUUUUGGCUCUGUUCCUCGCAUUCGCCCUGAACUUCAUUCUGCUGUUCUACAAGGUGUCUGACAGCCCGCGUGACGGUGAGGAGAUGGAGGGAUCUGGAGCGUCGGAGGGAAGCGGGUUCUUCGAGGGCUCUGGGUUCUUUGAAGGUUCAGGGGAAGAGGCUGAGGGAUCGGGAAUGAAUGAGGGAGAAGAGGAUGAGGAAGAUGUACCAAUAUAUUUCUAUUUAGAGGAGAGUACUGGCUAUAUGCAGCCUACUUUGACCUUUAUUGCUGCCCUGCACACAGUCAUCUCAUUCAUCUGUAUCAUUGGCUACAAUUGCCUCAAGAUUCCACUGGUGAUAUUUAAAAGGGAGAAAGAACUUGCUAGAAAACUGGAGUUUGACGGCCUCUUCAUCACCGAGCAGCCUGAGGACGAUGACAUUAAGGGCCAAUGGGACAGACUGGUCUUGAACACACCCUCUUUCCCAAACAACUACUGGGAUAAAUUUGUCAAAAGAAAGGUUCUGGAUAAGUACGGAGACAUUUAUGGCAGAGAAAGAAUAGCUGAGCUCUUGGGUGUCGAUUUAGCCUCCCUGGAUGUGAGUCAACAACAUGAGAAGAAACAGGAGGAACCCGACAGCUCUGUGUUUGCAUGGACGACCACCGUUGACUUCAAGUACCAGAUCUGGAAAUUUGGCGUUAUUUUCACAGACGGUACCUUCCUGUAUCUCUGUUGGUACACCAUCAUGUCUCUGCUUGGGCAUUACAACAACUUCUUCUACGCCUGCCACUUGCUGGAUAUUGCAAUGGGCGUGAAGACUCUGCGCACCAUCCUGUCCUCCGUCACACACAACGGCAAACAGCUCAUGAUGACAGUGGGCUUGCUGGCCGUGGUGGUGUACCUUUACACUGUGAUCGCCUUCAAUUUCUUCCGCAAGUUCUACAAUAAGAGCGAAGAUGAAGGCGAACCAGAUAUGAAAUGCGAUGAUAUGAUGACCUGUUACCUGUUCCACAUGUACGUGGGUGUGCGUGCUGGCGGAGGCAUCGGAGACGAGAUAGAAGAUCCUGCUGGAGAUGAAUACGAGCUUUAUCGCGUGGUCUUUGAUAUCACUUUCUUCUUCUUCGUCAUUGUCAUUCUACUGGCCAUUAUUCAGGGUUUGAUCAUUGAUGCCUUCGGAGAACUCAGAGACCAACAAGAGCAGGUCAAGGAAGACAUGGAGACAAAGUGUUUCAUAUGUGGCAUUGGAAGCGACUACUUUGAUACAACACCGCAUGGCUUUGAGACCCACACUUUGGAUGAACACAACCUGGCCAACUACAUGUUCUUCUUAAUGUACCUUAUCAACAAAGAUGAGACGGAGCACACUGGUCAGGUUA